UAUUUCGUAGCCUGCAUCCUGGAACUUUGAAUUUGCCUAUGUAGUUUCCAUAGAUCAAAAUGGAAUACAGUUCGCGGGAAAAAUAUUUAAUUGCCAACACCCUCAAUUGCUGGCCAGUGAUGCUUCAAGGACACCCGGUUCUCAUGGAUCUGUACAAUGAGACAUCUGUGGCCGGCAUAGUGGACAUUGCCGAUGGCCACAUGAACUGCGAACUUAUCCAUGUAGUUUUCAUUGAUCGAAACGGAGGACAGCAUCUGUUUGAUAAUUUUAUGGUACGAAAUCGUAUGAUUCGGCAAAUACAUAUACCUGAUCACAUAGAUGCGGAGCAGGAACUACGGCAGGCCAUGGAGCGUGGCGUGUUACGACGAAAUCGCGGAGGUGACAAACCGAAGAACACGAAGCGCACUUACAAGCAAAAGAGGGCCGAGGUGCGACACAAAGAGACAUUGCAGAUGAUAUCCCAACAACAUAAGAGUCAUUCCACGAAUACAUAGCACUAGAGAUAAAUCAUUUUCCUCCUCCAUUUGAAUAUUUAUUAAAUCAAAUUUAUACUUUUUAUAAAGAGAUAGAAAAUUA